UUUCCGUUUCAGCCACUAACAACUGCAUACACGUUAAGCUACUCCAAAACAUUUCACAAGCCAUAAACUUGUGUUUUUGGUAGCUGUAUGCAGACUUCCAUAUUUGCUAUUCUAUUCAUUCAUGGUGCUUUACUUUGCGUGAACAAGUUUGCGGUUGAACACCUUGUUGUAAUCGACUAAUAUUUGUUUAGUCAUACAGUUUUGCAAUAGUGACAUUCGUCCCUUCUCACGGCCUGUGAUAAAGUAUUGUCAAUAUUGACAUUCCAUAACUAGACUAGCUUAAUAAAUACUCAAUGUUUGAUACAUUUUUAAUAAUUUACUGGAUUUUGUAACGACUAUAUGUUUAAUUUUAUUCGUUGACAUAAUUAUUGGGACUAUCAGACUAAAAUAAUUAAAUGGCCUCCCCCGUGCACAACAUGACAACUCGAAAUACUAGAAACCGAAUUUUACAACCGCAAACAUACCAAGACGUUGCUGACUGCACAACAAUGCAGUGGUCAUGUGGUGCAUGCACUCUGAAAAAUCCCGUGACAAAAUUACUUUGUGACGCCUGUGGAAGUCGUAGGUAUGACAUUCCUGAAGUUGAAGCUGUCCUGGUUGUGAGAAAGGGAGACAAUGCAAGACCACCAAUUCCCAUGAAAAAUAAAGAGAGCAGUACCAGAGCCAUAUCGAUAGAUCCAUCUCGCAAGCUCAUUUUACGAGAGCUGGAAAAUGUCUUUAAUCACAAACCAGUACACGCAAAUUUGACCAAGUCACGAGACAAUUCUCAGAAAUCUGAGAUAGCUCCAAAACUGGAUACUAGCAAAUCUGAUGUUAAAAAGGGGAAAAAUACGGUUCACUUUGAAAAGGGGUUUUGGAGUUGUGAGUCAUGCACCCUCCUUAACAGUUGUGAUGUCGUAAUUUGUACUGCUUGUGAACAACCAAAGUCGGAGGAAAGUACAAGAACUGUGCAAAAGUCAGCCGUAAACCGGAGGAAAAGCAAUGAUCCUCGAGGACCUGUGAAAUUAGGGGUGAAAGAAACAUAUGACGAUAUUGUUUCUACAUGUGUAGCACUUCAGGAAGAAUUUGUUGACGAUUCUUUUCCUCCUGGACCCAAAGCACUGUUUGUAAACGGGAGGACGCCUGUUGAAAAAAUCCUUGUUCCCAGCGCUUGGCUGCGCCCUUCAGAAAUAUCCUGCAAGGAUAUGGGGCCUCGUAACACGAAACUAAAUUGGUCCGUAAUGUGUGACACCACAGAUCCUUCAGACAUUUAUCAGGGAAGUUUGGGAGAUUGUUGGUUGAUGGGGAGCCUGGCCAUGAUUACCGAGCGCAAGGAAUUACUGGACAAUAUCGUUCGAACAAAGGAAAUUAACAAAGCUGGGGCCUACAUAAUUCGACUGAAUCAUUUUGGUAGAUGGAAAGAUGUUAUCGUAGAUAAUUUACUACCCUGUGACCAAAAUCAGCGGCUGAUUUAUGCAAAGGGGAAACGUAAGCAGUUGUGGGUGCCUUUAAUCGAAAAGGCGAUGGCCAAACUUCACGGAAGUUAUGAAGCCUUGAUUGGAGGAUCUAACGCAGAAUCACUAACGACUUUGACGGGUUUUCCAUGUCAUUCUAUCCUUCUGACGUCUGAAACCUUAGACAUAGAUUUAACAUGGGCCACGUUAGUGUCAAGUGCUGCUGCAGGGUUCUUAAUUGGCACUGGAACUCAUGGUCGUAAUUCGAUGAAGAUGGAGGAAAAUGAAAACAUGGGUCUCAAGGCCAAACAUGCUUAUUCGAUAUUGGAAGUCAACGAUGAAUGUGGUCCAAGGCUUGUCAAGUUAAGAAACCCGUGGGGAAAAGAAUCGUGGAAUGGGGACUGGUCCGCUAACUCUGACCUGUGGACUCAGUCCAUGAAAAAUAAGCUAAAAUUAAGUUCUAACGAGAAAGGCACAUUCUGGAUGUGUUUUCAGGAUUUCAUAAAACAUUUUGAGGUGCUUGAUAUUUGCAGAAUUCGACAAAACUGGGAGUUUAAUAGUUUUCAGGGCAUUUUUGUACCGUUUGCGGACACAAUUAGUCACCCUUGUUAUGCCAUCCAAAUUGAUCGCCCUACUGAAUUGGAUAUUACUCUGUUCCAAAGUUCUUGGUUAAGAGGUCGUAAGAACCCGCAGUCUAUCGUUCCUGACGUUGCCCUUGUAUUACUAAAAUCGAAUUCAGUACGAUCAGGUUGUAUUGACGAAGCGAAAAAUUGGACAUUGAUAAAAUAUACGGCACGAGUCAAGGAACGAGACGUCAAUCUGAAUUUAAUGGUUGACCCAGGAGUUUAUUACCUAAUUCCCGUUUCCUUCAGUUAUUUCACAAGUGAUGAUAAAUCUGACACAUAUCCCGAGUUUGAGAUUUCUAUCCACUCAUCACGAAAUAUAUCUUGCAAUCUUAUUAGACCACCGAAGUACUUACUGGCCGAUUUAAUUAUAAAAGUUGGAUUGAAUUGUUGUGAUGUCCUAAAAACGAGUGAUUCUAAUGUGAAAUUAUAUCACAAUCUUAACCACCAUGCGUUUGGAAGAGGAUCGCUAUAUAUCGCGGAAAACAAGCACAAAAAUCGUUCGAUAAUUGUGGAAGUUAACCACGAGUUAAGUUAUAAUGUUACUGGAACAAGAAAUUUGAAAACAAUUGAUUGUGUUCCGCCAAAUUCCAGGCAAAUCAUCAAUAUCUUGACUGUGACAGAUAAUCUGGUCUCAUACAAAUUGCAUUUUUCAUUACAAACACGUGUUCUCUCAUCUCACCACAACGAUGAUGACAUAAUUAAAAAAAUGGGAUAUAGUGGAUCGCAUGUUCCGGAAUUAAAUCAAAAUAAUUACAGCCUGCAUGGUCCCAGACCAAUUUAAUACCUCGAAUGAGCACACAUUACUUAAUUUACUGUCCUCCUACAAAGUACUGUACUUGUUUUUAUUUAAUUCGUGUGGUGCAUAUUGAUGGUUCACUCAUCAAGUUUCUGCGCCUCGUGUGACUCUGACAAUGUAUUUUCUUAAAUAAAUAUCUCAAAUAUCUUAAUUUCAAAGAA